GCUAUCGCUGCCCCUGAGCUCAUCUUAGCGAUAUGACCAUACGUAAUUGUCGUUCGCAUCGUUCAUCAGAAUGCGGGAUGGACAAUCCGGCGUCUUCGGAUGCCUGUGAGGGUUUGCUUGUUAUAAAGUCAAGCUGAUCUUCUUUGUUCUUGGACUUGAUUUGACUCUCAUCAAGCACCAUCCAACUAUCGUCACUCGUGAUCAACAACUUCAGCAACUUCAGCCAGUUCAGCCAGUUCAACUACAUUCACUUACAAUCAACAACUUCAACUUGAACCAGCCAAAAUGCAUUUCACCAGCUUCUUCACCGUCCUGGCCGCCCCGGCCAUGGUCCUGGCCACCCUCGACCCUGCCCUGUCCAACACCAAGGGCAAAUGCCCUGCCGCUCCCGCCUGCUCCCCCACCAAGGUGUCCAAGGCCAUCCAGGCCCCCGAGUGCUCCCACAACACCCGCGUGUCCGGAAAGCAGACCUUCGCCGUCUUCGUGACCGACCACCAGUACGACAAGAGCCACGGCGCCCCCUACGGAACGUGCAGCGCCUACACGUGCACGCCCCCAACGAGCUCCGAGAUGAAGGCCAGUGCCGACUGCUGGACCUUCUUCUGGACCGGCAAGGGCGAGAAGAGCGGAGAGGGCGCUGGCUGCAUCAAGUCUCCCGACGACGGCACCUGCGGCUGCGAGAACUCGGACGGCAAGUUCGUGUACGGCGGCAGCAACUGCAAGUAAGCCUGCUCGGUUGCGGCGGCUCGCUUAUGGGCUGGAUGUUGUUUCUUGUAU